AUGAGCAACGCUUCUUUUUUCCCGCCGUCAACUUCGACCUCGACUCCUCACGACGAUGGCUCCCAAGCUCCCUCGACAUCGAGCUCUGAGAAUCUGAUGACCCCGAGCUCGGGCUGUGCUUCCGAGAUCCGAUCCGGCGCCAAUCAGCGCAACGAGAGAUCAGCUUUUGUUCCAGAUGACGAAUUAGCUUUGCCCGCUGCAACUGCUUCCCCAGCCGCUGCCGCAGCUGCCAGCCGCAAUCCUCCGAUGCACUUUGUCGACUUCCAGGCCACAACUACUGCUCCAACGCCUCCAAUUCAGUCUGCUCUGUUUGAAGAUGCUGGUCACCAAGGCAGGGCCGCUCUAGACCCUGGGGCCUCUUACGAUGCCACUUCGUCGCUCCGCAUUUCCACCAACGUUGCAUCGUCCUCUUCUCCUACAGCUUCCCCUUCCGUAUACCAUCGCGAGUCUCCUACUGGCCACACAAGCCUAUCGCCUAUCCGAAUCCCCACGCCUUUGAACCACAAGACAUCGUCUAGCAGUAUACGGCUGCUGACGCGAACCCCAAGUCUCCGGGCUGCGCUUGCGCAUUCAAUUGGAUCUGCUAGCGGUACUAGCAGUGUCAUUUCAAGCCCUAUGAUUACUGCAAUGGGAGACGUGACGCCUUUGCCGAGUCCUCUCUUGUCGGGAGAAUCUCCUGGGCCGUGGAAGAAGCUGACUGUGGGCUCUGUAUCCCCUCCUCAACAUCGCAGUUUAUUGAGCAGCGUUGGCGAGGAUUUGCCCUCGAUGGCGGCCCCGGCAGGGCCAAUGAGGGGUUCCAAUGCAGCGGCUUCUUCUUCGAGACGCAAAGUAUAUGUAAGCCUAGCCGAAAGUGACGGCGCCAGUCAGCCUUUGCCCAAACUCUCGCAACAACUUCAGCAUCAAACUGAAAAUCAACCUCAUACAAGAAAUCGAAGUCUCAGUGAAUAUACGGCGCCAGAUCCUACUGCCAUUCCUAAGAGGAUUGUCUCGGUCUCUGGCCCUCAUGCAAAACCUGAUACUCAAGGUCCUCAGAUGAGAAGAGAGCAAAAUCUAGCAGAAUCACGCGGUCUAUCUCCUAGUGUUACAAAGCCGCCAACCCCUCCCCCUAGCGAGUCAUCAAGGGACACGGCAGAUGCUUCAUCAGCCUCAUGCUACGAGUAUUUCGAAGCUUUUGACCGACAUGAUCGGAAACGGAGACGCUGGCGCUCGGUACGAACUGUGGGUCAAGGUACCUUUAGCAGAGUCGUAUUGGCUACCAGUCAGAUGGAUCAGCCCAAAAAUCUCAAUGCCGAUUCAGGAACUAACAUUGCCGUGACUGAUCCCCCGCUUGACCGAAAGACGUUGGUAGCUAUCAAAGUGUGCGAGCAUGGUCCUCAAGGGGGAGCCAGUGAGGAACGUGUUGAGAUGAGUCUCAAGCGAGAAUUGGAAAUCAUGCAGUACAUUCAUCAUCCUAGCCUGGUUGACCUCAAGGCGUGGAGCAUAGAACCCACGAGGGCCAUUCUCGUCUUGACUUACUCUCCUGGAGGAGACCUGUUUGAUGUCGCCACGGCCCACCGAAAGCUUUUGACACCACCCCUCUUGAGAAGGAUUUUCGCUGAGCUGGUUGGCGCCGUGAAGUAUCUUCAUGAACAAAUGAUUGUCCAUCGUGAUAUCAAGCUAGAAAACGUUCUUGUCAAUCUCACACCAAACGAGCUUGCAGACCCAUCAGUCAAUUGGAGCACAUACCCACAUUCAGUGAUUGCUUUGGCUGAUCUGGGCUUAUCAAGACGAAUCGCUGAGGAUGAGAAGCUUGAGACACGAUGCGGAUCAGAAGAUUACGCCGCUCCCGAGGUCAUCAUGGGUCAGCCUUACGACGGGCGUGCUACUGAUGCGUGGUCGCUUGGUGUGCUUCUUUACGCUCUUUUGGAGUCUCGACUUCCAUUUGAUCCUCCUCCCGGCAUGAACGACUCUCAUAAAAUGAGAAGUCGAAAGAGCCACCGGAUUGCCAGGGGCGAGUGGCGUUGGAUCGAGUACGGGGGCGACGACGGUGACCAUGAAGGUAACGAGGCCCGUUUCAGAGAAAGAGGCCUUUUGGACUCCAUGUACAUCACAGAGGGUCUUCUCAAGCGUGCCAGAAGCCGCUGGACGUUGCAGCAAGUUUUUAGCACGCCUUGGGUGCAAGCUGGAAUUACCGUGGAAGGCGGAAUACGCUUUCGAGAAGAAGUUGGAGGAGUCGAAGUAUGA